AUGCUACCCCAAAAGAAAGUCAUCCCCUCCAAGAAGCACAGCCAGGCACCCAACACAUUGGUGAAGGGCUUCACUGUGCUCCAGAAUAUCGCUGGCAGAGUCACCAAGAUCCCAGAGUGGAGGCUGCAUAGCACGCUGCAAUCCCUCAACAAGGUGGCCCGGGUACAAAGCCAGUACUACCGGAAGAUGAGUGAAGACAAGGAUGUCUACAAAUCUAGCAACAGUGGCUUUGCAUCCCAAGUGGAAGAAUUGCGAAAUGCAUUUCUCAAGCGUCCUGGCUGUCCCAGAUUUAACACCAGGUCCACGUCCAUGUCUCAAUAUGGGAUGACUGUGGCUGCCACUCUGUCCCGGGAGCUGGGCAUCCGCACAGAGACCUGGAAGAUGACCGAAGACACGUUCUCAGGCCAGCAGGGCUUGGACACGAAUAUGGACGGGUCCCUCCUGCCCUUAAGUAAGAGUGCCUGUGAGUUCAAUUACCUGCGAAGGAGGAGCAAAUCCCAGAUGAUGAGUUCAAUCACAGCCCAGACCAACCUGAGAAAGAAGCUGCCUUGGUACAUCUCAAUCAUCCAUGAGAAGGACAACUGCCUGUUCAUGCUGUGUGAGGAGGUCCAGCGUCUGUCAGAGCUGGAGGUGCAGAGCCGGAAGAAAGAUGAGGAGAUCCUGGUGCUUCGGGAGGAGAUGGAGGCCCUGAAGAAACAGCUCAAAUCCCUGCUCAAAGGCAAUGUCUGGGAAAUGCCCGCGUCACCAGGUCUGCAGGAGGAUAACCAGCCCCCCUACCUUGAUGUGGAACAGCUACUGCCCCCUGGUCAGGAGGACAGGUCGAGGCAGUCCAUUGCCCUUGAGCAGCUUCAGGAAGGAUUUGAAGCCCUGAGUGUCUGCAUGGGCUCCCUGCAGGAACUGUCUGAGGCACCGGCCACACCUGAGCAGGUGAGCAUCUUUCAGGGCAUCUGCGGGGACAAUGAGGAGGAGGAGCUGCUGCUAUGCUGGAAGCAGAUGCAGGAGGGCUACCUGGUGGAGGAGAAGGGCACAGACCUGGAAGGAGAAGGAGGAGACAAAGAGGAAGAGGACCAGGCGGGGGCCGAGGAGCAGGUAGAGGGGGCGGGUGCAGGCAAGAAGGAGGCUACGCAGGAGGCAGAGUAUGAGGAACAGGAGGCUGGUGAGAAAGAGAAAGAAGAAAAAGACGAAGAAGAAGAGGUGGGGUUGGUGGAAGAUUUGCUGGCUGAGGAGGGAGAAGAGGAGAUACAGAUAAGGAGGAUGUAUUCACUGGACGAGGCAUUUGAGGAUGAGUUGAUGGCCAGGCUGGAGGAGUAUGAACAGGUGGUCCAGGAGAUUCAGAGUGACCUAGAGACCACCAGGAGCAGAUAUUUGCUGGCAACAGGAGCAAUGACAUCUUUACAAAGACAAGUGGAGUUCCAAGAGUCCCAGCUGAAGAAGAUCAACACGGAGAAUGAGAUGCUGAAGAAAGAGCUUCUAGAGCGGAAGCAUCAGCUUCAGGCCAUGUCCAACAAGUUCUCCAACCUCCGAGAAGGCAGAAAACAUGAAGAAAUGAUGGGACUCAUUGAGAAGGACAAUUUUCUCCUCCGACAGCAAGUGAUGGAGCUGGAGAGAGGGCUAAAAUCACGUGACCAAAUCAUCUCGGAGUACGACACCAAGGUGCAGCAGCUGCAGGACCAGGUGAACUUGGACCAGAACCACCUGCAGAGAUGGGAGCAGCUACAGGAGGUCCUGCAGAGCAAGGCCAAGCUGACCCAGCAGGCGGAGGAGCAGGCCCGGGUGGCCCUGGAGAGCACCCAGUCCAGGCUUGAAAGAUUAAGAAACAAGAUCAUCCAGGCCACCUUUGGCAGCACAGGGGUCAAGUCCUUGGCCACUGAGCUCUCCGACAAUGACCUCCUGGAGGCUCUGCAGAGAACCAUCACAGAGAGGAGCGACUUCUACAAUCAGCUAAAGCAGAAAGGUGUGAAAGUUCCCCCCUUGAACCAAUCGGAUGGCAUGCUUUCUUCACCUAGCAAACCCAAGAAGGUGUCCUCCAAGUAG